AUGUGUGAGUUAUCGACUGCUUCUCCCCUCAAGCUCUACAUAAUUGCUGGUGAAGCAUCAGGUGAUGCUAUCGGUGCCAAGGUCAUUCGUGCUUUACAGCGUCAAGAACAGGCGCAAACUCUGGAAUUUCGAGGAAUCGGCGGGUCACACAUGUCCAACGCAGGAUUCAAAUCACUCUUCCCCAUGCAAGAGCUGUCAGUCAUGGGGCUCUUGGAAGUGGUGCCACAUCUUUGGCGUUUACGGCGGCGAGUUUAUGAUACAGUGCGUGAUAUUGAAGCAUUCCAGCCUGCGUUGGUGCUUACGAUAGACUCGAAAGGAUUCGCAUUUCGAGUGUUGAAAGCUUUACAAGCAAGGGAGCAGCAGACUGGUGGCAAACGCAUCAAGAAGGCUCACUAUGUUGCACCAUCAGUUUGGGCUUACAAAAAGCGAGGGAAGCUUGAUUCUGCCAAGCUCAGACAACUUUUGGAUAUCAUGUUUGCGAUUUUGCCGUUCGAAGAGGACAUAUUUCACGGAGGUGAAGACAGUCGGAAUGUCCAAGGUAGUGGCGACAACAAGCUCAAUCAAUCUUGGUGUCACUUUGUGGGUCAUCCAGCAGUUGAAGACUUCUUGGAGGCUAAUAAAGUCUAUGACAGCAAACAAAGUGUCCUAGUGAUGCCGGAUGAGUAUCUCCCUGAGCCCGAAAUCUCGACGGGAACCGAUGCGUUGCUCGAUUUUUCAAAAUAUAAUCCCGUCGAUUUGUUGGCUCGUGCUCGAUUAUUCCAGCGACUAGCGGCAAGCGGACGUGAAGACAGGGUCAGUGAUUCUGUGCGAGAAAACCUUGGGAUUCCUGUGGGUGCAUUUGUGAUCUGCGCGCUUGUUGGCAGCCGUGCCAAUGAGGUGCAGAAGUGUUUGCAUCUUGUGCUCGAUGGCAUUGAACUAUUCCGCCAAAAGAAGAACGCACAGCACGAAAAGCCGAUUUUCGUUGUGUUUCCAACUAUUUCAGCAGUUAAAGAACAAGUCAAUGGCCACAUCUCUGCUAUGGAGGCUCUUAGUGUGAGCUGUCGUGUUAUGACAGAUCUCGACUCAGUAUCUCGAUUCCGGCUUUUUCAGAGCUCUGAUGCUGCAGUAGCUGUAUCUGGAACAAUCGUACUUGAAGCAGCGUUAGCUAACUUGCCUACCGUCGUUGUAUACCGAGCCAACCGGCUGACUGAGUGGAUUGCUCAAUGGCUAGCCGCUGUCAGAUUUGUAUCGGUACCCAACUUACUGCUUGGAAGAUUAUUGAUUCCAGAACUGCUAUUCAGUGAUUGCACCGCUCUAAAGAUCGCUGAGACGUUGACAAAACUUCAGCGGCAGUCACCAAAUCAAAAAGACGAAUCGGAUCUUGCAAUGGCAGCAAGUACUUUGACCAAGUGGCUGGAGCCUAACGGAACUUCAGUUGCAAGUACCAAUGUGCAGCCAAUUCGGGCAAGCGAUUUGGUUGCAAAGUAUAUUCUCGAAGUGUUGGCAGAAAAAGAGCCACAGCAAUCUACUGGAUCAAAAGUCGUGCUUGAAGCUUGA